UGAGCUCUCAAACACUACAUCAAUUAUGCUGACAUUGGUUGUUUUCGUCGCAGGGCUAACUGCAGUGCUGGCUGAAGGAUAUGGAUCCCGAUGCUUUGACUGCAACUAUGCCCCAUCAGGCUAUAGUUACCAGUCUGACUACUGGAAGCGAUCCACCACAGCUGGGUAUGAGGGAUGUGCUCUAGCUAACUACGAUGAUGCUGAUAACCUUGACAAAUGGACCUGCAAAUCUGGAAGGUGCUUCAUCCGUAGAGACAAAAAUGGGCUCGUAUACAGAGGAUGUGCUGAUGAGGAAAACCUCCCCCUUGGUGUCAACUCUUACAGUGGCUGCCAGUAUGUUGCUGGAUCCCAGUGGUACUUUUGCAAAGGAGAUCUCUGCAACAAGGGACAGAUUGGAGACUACGGACAUUGUGACUACAAACCAUCAUACCACUCCCACAGCUACAACCCAUGUGACGGCAAAUGCUACGGCAACCCCAGUGGACUCUUCAAGGACAACUACAACCCAUACGGGUUCAUCCAGUGUGGAUGUGACUACAAAUACGAUGCCUACAGCAAGACCAGCAAGGCCUGUAUCUGCUGCAAGCCCCUCCAUGUCAAAUGCCCCAAGGGAACAGCUUUCAACGACUAUGCCAAGGUCUGUGACACUGCAAGCUACACUGCCCCUGCCCCUGCCUACCAAGCCCCUGCCUACCAUGCACCAGCUUACCCAAGCUACCAGGCCCCUGCUUACCCAAGCUACCAGGCCCCUGCCUACCCAAGCUACCAUUAAUUCUUUUAUCAUGUAUAUAUAAUUAAAUUUUCCAAUAAAAUUGCAAAACAAUGACAAACGAUGACAUUAUUUAUGUUGAUAUAAGUAUUUAUUUU